CUCCACCCGUGUCCGGCAGUGGCCUUGGGACCUCUCGAGAAAGCCGGCUACGGGCCAUCGCCGACCCAAUCGACCGCGUCCGAGAUCUCUCCUGUUUCCGUUUUGCCCAAACAAUGGCUGAAAGUAUACCCGAGGAUGUCGUCGUCGACAUACUCUUGAGGUUACCAGCGAAGUCGCUGGUGCGAUUCAAAUGGGUCUGCAAGCAGUGGCGGUCUCUGAUCUCCGACCGGGCCUUUGCCAAGUGGCAUCUGCAGAGGCUGAAGGCAGGGGAUUUGAUCCCUAGCCAGAGAAUCAUCAUCGGUGGCGGCAUCGGCCCCCUCAAGACCGUGGACUACGAAGCGCUCGACGGCGGCGGCGAGGGUCGCGUGGUGGUACCUCAUGGGAUCAAACCUUUGCAGGAGUCCCGCAUCGUGGGGUCCUGCGAUGGCCUGUUAUGUUUAAUUGGCCCCAGCAAUUUUGUCAUAUAUAACCCGACCACCAGGGAGUAUAUCGGGUUGCCCGGUUCCGAUUUUGUUGAUCAAGCUACGUUAUUCAGUGGAGCCAGAAAUAAUUCAUUUUACGGAUUCGGAUAUGACUCAUUCUGAUGACUACAAAAUAGCCCUAGUAGUAGGGGAUGUUGUUGAAGUUGAAAAUGGGAAGGUGGCAAUAUUUUCGCUCAAAUCCUGUUCCUGGAGGAUGACGAUGAUAGAAGUUCCGUUCCAGGAAGAGGGAGUCGAAUGUUGCGGCCCAGCCCUUUAUUGGAAAGGGGCCUUACA